UGCACUUUUGCUCCGUCACCCGAGGGCAGCCCGAAAGCCACGCGCCCGAGCUCUCCACAAGCCCCGCGGCGGCGAGAGGCAGCGCGCACUACUUAAGUCCCAGUUACUAUUACUACCAGGCAGCAAGAGUGAGGGGGGGGAGCAGAGGGCGGCGCGCUACACACCCAGGAGGAGACCGUCCAUGUCAAAGAUGAGAGGAAGUUCUUAACUCACCGAGGGUUUGAGACCCAUUGGCUAUCCAGUUAAAGCCAUCCCCAUGGUGUGGCCGCUGUCACAUGCUGAAAGCCAAAGGCAUAGCAGCUGACAUUCUGAGCAGGUAUUUGGAGUCAGUAAUGAACUGGGUGAGAAAAUAAACUGAAGAAUAACCCAAACAAGACAGAGGCGUUGGUGCAGGUAACUUUUUGAAGCAGCCUUGCCCUAAAACAGCAGAAUGAUGAUCCUUCUUCCUGUGAUGAUUUAUCUGUGGCCUAUAAGCAAUGCUAUUAAUGAAAGGAUUUCCAAGCCCAGUAUUGUAUUAUUCAUGGCUGAUGAUCUUGGCAUUGGAGACCUAGGAUGCUAUGGAAACACAACUUCAAGGACUCCUAACAUUGACAAGUUGUCUAAAGAAGGAGCAACACUGACCCAACACAUAGCAGCCUCACCACUAUGUACCCCAAGCAGGGCAUCUUUCUUGACAGGCCGCUAUUCUGUCAGAUCAGGAAUGGCUAGCCUGCACAAAGUUGGGGUCUUCUUGUUUUCUGCUUCUUCUGGUGGACUCCCUGUGGAAGAAAUAACAUUUGCUAAACUUCUCCAGCAGAGGGGUUAUUCUACAGCUCUCAUAGGAAAAUGGCAUCUUGGGAUUAACUGCAACAGCAGUGAUGACUUCUGCCACCACCCUUUAAAUCAUGGAUUUGAUUACUUCUACGGGGUGCCUGUGAACAAUCUUAGGGACUGUAAACCUGGUCACGGAAGCGUGUUUAGCGCUGGACUGAAGAUGCACAUCCGUGCAGCACUCCAGACCACGGCGAUUGCUCUGAUCUCUUUGGCGGUUCUGAAUUACAUUGGCCUUGUCAGAGUUCCCCGCAGAGUACUGGGCUACUUCUUCUUAAUAGCGGCAGUGAUGGUUGGAGUUUUGCUGCUCUUCUUUUAUAACUUCCGGAAUCUUAACUGCUUCUUGAUGCGAAAUCACAGUAUUAUCCAGCAACCCUGGGACUAUGAGAACCUCACUCAGAGAUUCACAGAGGAAGCCAAAAGGUUCAUAGGAAGGAACACCAAUGCACCAUUUCUUCUUUUUGUGGCUUAUACUCAGGUCCAUACCGCUCUUUAUGCAUCCCAAGCUUUCAGAGGAAAAAGCAAACACAGAUUAUAUGGAGAUGCCCUGGAAGAAAUGGACUGGAGUGUAGGGCAAAUUAUCCAUGUGUUAGAUCAAUGGCACCUACGUGAGCAGACUCUUGUGUACUUCACAUCUGAUCAUGGGGCACAUGUGGAAGAAAUAUCAGCCACCGGAGAAGUCCAGGGUGGUUACAAUGGAAUAUAUAAAGGUGGAAAGUCUACAAGUUGGGAAGGAGGGAUUCGAGUUCCUGGUCUUCUUCGCUGGCCUGGAGUGUUUAAGCCUGGUACACAUAUUGAUGAGCCCACAAGUAAUAUGGAUAUAUUCCCCACAAUAGUUAAACUUGCUGGAGCAUCACUGCCCAGUGACAGAAUUAUUGAUGGACAUGACCUGAUGCCCUUGCUUCGAGGUAUUGCUCUCCGAUCCAAGCAUGAAUUUCUCUUCCAUUACUGUAAUGCAUAUUUAAAUGCAGUUCGCUGGCAUCCAGGAAACAGUAAAUCUAUUUGGAAAGCAUUUUUUUUCACUCCAAAUUUCAGUCCACGAGAUUCCAACGGCUGCCAUGAUGAUCAUGUAUGUUUUUGCUACGGAAAUCAUGUCACGUACCAUGACCCACCAUUGCUUUUUGAACUUUCCAAGGACCCAGAAGAAAAAAACCCACUGACACCAGAAACUGAGAGUCAUUUCCAUGAAAUCAUUCAAGUCAUUCAGCAGGCAGUGAGCAACCACACCAAGUCACUGGCCGCGGUUCCAAACCAGCUUUCCCUGGAAAAUAUGUUGUGGAAGCCUUGGCUUCAGCCAUGUUGUUCUUCUUUCCUCCAGUUUUGCUAUUGUGACCAUGAGUCAAGAGAAAACAAGAAAUUGCCAGAAGCAUGACAUCGCUAAUGUACAAUCACACCGAUGCUUUAGGGAUAAACAAGAUGAGGGUGGGGAACAGAUCAUACUUUGACCUAAAAAAAAUGUAAGGAUUUGGCCUUUCCUGAGCCUCCCGGGUGGUUCUGCUCAAAUAGUCAGUGAUGUGCAGUGAUACUAGUGCUGUGCAAAGAUUGCUCUCUCAGAUUCACAGUUCCAUAAACAGACUGGGCAUUUUCAAGGAUGCUUCCAGAGGCUGAUGAAAUGUACUGUACUGUAUAUGUUUUCAGAGGAAAGCAGGUUUCCAAGGAAUGGAGCAAGUGGCAGCAACAUUAUUAACACAAUGGGGGACACCAUCUUUUUUAUCCACAAUGCUACAGUAUCAUGUCAUGGUGUAGCAUCAUUCCCAACAAGUUAUUAUAGGAAUAUAUGUCAGACUGGCUGCAAGGCCCAGAUGCUUCCACCCUAUUAAAAUGGACAAGACAUUGCUUGAGGGGAAGGUGGGGACAAUUAAAGGAAGAUGCUGAUAAACCCCCUCUUACUCUGAAAAUGUAUAUGCUUUUGUUGCCCCCUCCGGGGGGUGCACAAUGAUACUGCAAGCUCUAAAUGAUACCAUAGUCUACAAACAUAUUAUAGUUUAGUUUCAGAACACUUGUCAAUGCAACUGUCUUUCUGGUGGCCAAAUUACUUGAAGGAAUGAUCAUAGAGGAGUCACCCAGAUUCCCAUUCCCUUGUUACCAUAUCCCUUCUACUAACUUCUGUGUCACACCACCCAAUGGCAUCUUAUAUAAAGACAAGGGCUUGCCAAAAAACAUUUGUUACCUGAGGCAAUGGACAAGAUGCUUCGUCUCCCUAACUCCUGAUUACACAGGCAGCAGAAUUUUAUUUCCACAGUGGUGAAAGUAGAGAGCAUCCUUCGCUGAACAUGAAGGCAGCAGGACAGUUUAGGGUGAGCAGGACAAGCUGUGUGGCACACCUAGACCUGUCUCCUGCUCCCAAUCUCCAUCACCCAGCAUUUGCCUCCGAAGGUGGCCACCUCAUUCUACCUAAUUUUAGGGUUGGCUUUGUAACUUGAAAAUGAACAUACGUACUUUCUUCACAGUUUGAAAACAAAAUAGGAGAAAGCAUCAACUUAUGACUAGGAUGAAUAAUAUCUCAUUAGAUGGAUUGGUGCUGUUGGAGAAUGGCUGAUAAUAUUAAUUAUUCACAAUCAUCUCUGAACAACGUUAUAAUAAUACCGAAGCACUUUAUGUUACAACACGAUACAUUUUAAUUAUUUUGUAGUGCAGAGUGCCAAAACGCAUAGCUAUUUGUAAAUCUCUUACCUAACUAAUGCAAAUUAUUCAAACUAUUGGGUCAUAUAUAGUGGCUUUUGGAAAUGAGAUUCUUAGGGCAUGGACAGUGCAUGGCUACUCAGGAGUAAGUGCUAUGGAGUUCAGUGGAGCUUGCUCCCAAAUAUGUGCACCUAGGAAUUCAGCCUAAGGGAAAGGGAAAAUUAAUAAGCACUUAUUUUAAAAGUCUAAACGUAAAACUGCUCAUUUUGUUGAAAUUAAAUAAUGGCCAUAUCAUAAUAAAUUGACAGAUGCUGUGAUUAUGAAGCCUCUCUUAAUAGUUUACAGAGAAAUAUCAUAGUAGACAAACAGGUUGCUAUUGGAUGAGUUGUUCUUAUCCAAGAUAAAGGAUGGGAGAGGAUAGGAGAAAAGAAAGGAAGUAAUAGCUGAUAAAGUGGUUGCAAAAAAGAGCAGAAAGGCCUAAGAAAGGGAGGCUGGUAAGGGGUUUGAUGGGUAAGUGGCUCAUCCAAAUUGAGCAGAGUCAUUGCUGCUCCUUCAUAGCCUAACCCUUUGCUGCGAUCUGUAUUUAAUAAACCAUGGGCCUAGUUCAACCCCACAUACUUGUGUAUUGUGCCUGCUCCGGCUACAAAUCUGUGGCUUUAGGCUUCCAGUAAACAGUGUUAUGUACAGAGGCCGUGUUGCUCAUUGAAACCCCAGUGCAUUGAGAACCCAGUGGUUCUCAAGCUUUUUUCUCUGUGCCACACUUCCAUAAGAAAUUUUUUCUCGCACUGCACCAAUUUUUUUAUUGAUAAUAAAUUGGAAAACAAAAAGAAUCAACUCCUAGCAGUGCUUGAUUUAUAACAUAGAACACAACUACUUUAUAGUUUUCUCAUGGGACAUCCAUAAUAAAAUAGAAAGCCAUGCAGCUACAUGAGAACAGGAACCAUUCCCAAAAUAUAAUUAUAAAUUCUCUUACAUUUAUACCUUAAGUAUGUAUACAAGCUCGAUGAGCUGACUUUUGCUGUGUAAUCUCAUGUAUAUUUGGUCUGAUUUGAGACGAACCAAUUCUCAUUUCUUCAUCAACACGAAGCUUUUCUCUUUUCUGAUCUUGCAUGUUUGUCAGUGUUGAAAAUCCCUGUUCAAAACAAUACGGAGAAUUGUGAAAAAUAGCCAAUGCUAUUGAAGAGAUGCAGGGAUACUGCCCCCCCCCCCCACCAAAGUAGGUAAAAGUAAAGGAACCCUGGACAGUUAAGUCCAGUCAAAGGCAACUCUCAGGGGUGGCACUUAUUUCUGCUUUCAGGCCGAGGGAGCUGGUGUUUGUCCACAGGCAGCUUUCCGGGUCAUGUGGCCAGCAUGACUAAACUGCUUCAGACACAAUAGAACACCAUGUUACCUUCCCGCCACAGUGGUAGCUAUUUAUCUACUUGCACUGGUAUGCUUUCAAACUGCUAGGCUUAACCUAAUCAGCAAGCCCAAGAGGCUCGGUGGUUUUUAGACCACAGCGCCACCUGCUAUAUUUACUAUACUAUACUGGAAUGUUUAAAUGUUUCUUUUAUGUUUCUUUUAUUGUCCUUGAAUCAUCCCACCACACUUCUCAGAACCACUGCCUUAACCUAAACCACGGGUCAGCAACCUUUUUCAGCCAUGGGCCGGUCCACAGUCCCUCAGACCAUGUGGUAGCCCGGACUAUUUUUUUUUUGAGGGGGGGGGGGAAUGAACAAAUUCCUAUACCCCACAAAUAACCCAGAGAUGCAUUUUAAAUAAAAGCACACCUUCUACUCAUGUAAAAACAUCAGGCAGCCCCCACAAAUAACCCAGAGUUGCACUUUAAAUAAAAGGACACAUUCUACUCAUGUAAAAACAUGCUGAUUCCCGGACCGUCCGUGGGCCGGAUUUAGAAGGCGAUUGGGCUGCAUCUGUUGCCUACCCCUGACCUAAACCAAAGCUUUCCAAACUGUGUGUCAUGACAUGUUAGUGUGUCAGCUGCAGUGUGUAGGUGUGUUGUGCAAAUGCUCCCCACGCUCCUCCUGGGGCUGGAAAGGGGUUAGUUUAACCUCUGGUUUGCUAGGAAAACUGAAUUACCGGUACUGUGUCGUGAAAUUAUGCAUGUCUAAAAAGUGUGCACCAACAUGAAAAGUUUGGAGAGCUCUGACCUAAACCCUUCUUGUUCCAGAUGCACACCAGGCAGGUAUUUAUGAUAUCACAAAAUAAUUCUGGGAUAACCAAUGCAGUCUUUUUAUAUAUUGCCAUUGAAACAUAGGUGGCGACCAUUCAGCUUGCUUGAAUGCUUUAUUUAAUCACAGGAUACAUUGACUACAUGGAGCCUUGAUGUUUGUUUUCUCUUCUUGCCAGAAUUGUAAGUGCUUUCCUGCUGUUAUCUGUGUAUAGAUGGCAGUAGGUGUUUAAAAAAGGCAUUGCGCACCUUCUUAGCUUAUUGUGCUUACAGCCAACAAAAGUAAACAACAACAAAAGCUGUAUUUCUUUGGAAAACCCACUUGCACUUGUUGAAGCAAAAAAACAAACAUGUUGUGGAUUCUCCCUCUGGUCUUCCUGACAUUCUACUUGGAAAACAAUACCCCAGUUUGAUGCAUAACAACAUGCACCAAGCAAGAAAUUCCCAUU